CAAAAAUCAUGUAUGAACUUGUAAUUUCCAGCAGCUUUAUUUUUUUAUUAUAAUUAUUAUCGUCAAGAUAAGAUGAUGUGAAGACUGAAGUGGAUGCUUUCGUUGCUUUCUCAUCUGUCAGUAUUUCAAUAGAAGUUCCUGCCAUGGCUUGCUGUGCGUUCAAUGGGCACAUAUCAGAAAUACCAAACAUAUCCGUCGACAACUUCACAAACAAAAAUGUGCAAGCAUACUUCCUCAGCCAUACCCACACGGACCACACACCGGGCUUGUAUGACCACCGCUUCAUACAAACAUUGAAGACGAAUGGUGCGGUAAUGUAUAUGUCGGAGAUGUCAGCGGCCAUUGUGAAGUAUGAAGUUAAAUGCAGAUUGGGAAGUUAUGAUACUGAUGAGAUUGUUAAGCGAAUAAGGAUUGUAGGAAUAGAAACUAUAGAAGUAGUGUUAAAGGCGGACCCCAAGCGACGCCAGAGAGAGACCAAGCUAUAUGUGACCGCUGUACCCGCCGCACACAGUAUUGGGUCUGUCAUGUUUCUGUUUAAGACGGACCUCACUACGGUGCUAUACACAGGUGAUUUCAGAAUAAGCGUCAACGACGUUCCAAAAUUCAACCAGCUCCACGACAACGGCGCGCCCAUACCCAUAGACACGCUCUACGUCGACACGACUUUUUUAGACGACCGUUACACGACGUUUCCCAAGCGGAGCGUCAGUGUGGACGCAGCUGUACGCGAGAUGGAACGAUGGCUGAAAGAGAAGGGGAGAGUUGCUAUAAAGACGUCGGCGAAGUUUGGAUAUGAGUUUGUUUUUAAUGAGGUUUUUAAAAAGUUGGGGGUCAAGGUGUUUGUGGAGGAGGUUAGAUGGAGGGAGCUAUAUAGCCACCUCCCCCACUUAGUGUCCGGAGUAACUAACGACCAAUCACCAGUCCACCUCUGCUGGCCCAAGAACAGAAAAGACCACACGAAUUGCACCCCGGACCUCACCAGCUCAAAAUACUUAAACUUACACCUGUCUGCCCAAAAAUGGGCCCUCUAUGACCCAGAUGAUAACCCCAUAAAUAAAAUAUCAGACAACGAGAUCGAUGUAUGCUUCAGCACGCAUUGCAGUAAGACGGAGUUGAUGUAUUUUGUUAAUUAUUUUAAGCCAAAGAAAGUCGUGGGGUUCCCUAAUAGGUUUGGGUGUGAGGUUGAGGAUGAGGUGAGGCCGAAGAAGGCUAAGUUUGAGGAGGGGAAGUUGGAUAAAAAAGUUUUGAGGGAGAUAUUUGACAUUUGAAGUUUGAACUUAGCAUUACAAUGUGUUACUUUUUGUUUAGAGUCAUACCAAGAAAAGUAUGCAGCGAUUUUGAUAGCACACGCAGUGCAAGUGUUAUUUAUACGCCAUAAUUUCAUAGAAGGUUGACGUUCAAAAUAACACUUGCACUACGUGAGCUAUCAAAAUCGCUGCAGGAGCAUUCCACGGACUGUCCCGUACAAACGCAUUUUAUUUCCUGUGUUGCGACUUUUUUCUCGGCAUUUAAAGCAGGUGAUUAUUUUUCUGUGCAUAUUUUUGAUCAUUUGUCAUAGAAAAGGAAUAAUCUUAUACCUGCAAAUCAUCAGAAAAUUCGCGUUUGUACGGGACAGACGGUAGACAAUUUCAUUGGAAUGCUCCUGCAGACUUUUCUCGGUCUAACUCUAUUAAUGAGCUUAAUGUUUGAUUUAUAAUGUUUAUAUUAUAUUAUACUUGACUUGAGAAAUGUGAUAAUACUUAAGUUUAAUGAUAAUGACUCUGUAAGGCUAAAGUACCCUUACGGUACGGUACGGGACCCUUAGCACAAAUAAUUUCGUACAUUGACCUGCCUGUUCCGAUUUCUAGUGUUGGCAGGAACUCGAGUCUUUUGAGUAUAAAUUUGAAAAACUCGACGCGUUUUUACGAGACUGCCCUAAAAAAAACAACAACGGGUUGCACUCCGGGAGUGCAGGCAGAAGUGAAAACUCAAUGACAGGUCACGUGUCCGUCUUACGAAUCUUACGGUCACGUGAUCUGUCGCCAGUUUAACAUUUUUUCCCCAUCACAAAAAGUGCACAGCGCCGCUAAAGAAGUUUUCACUUCAAAAACUUCUGAGUCUUUUAAGUCGCGAGUCGAGUCCUUUAUUGAGUCUUUUUAAGCGCAGUGCAAAACGACUCUUUCCUUCGAAUAAAGACUCCGUCAACAAUUUUGUAGAUUUUGUCUACAUUACUAGUAGCAGUAAUGAACAUAAACGUUAUUGUAUGGUGUACCUAACCCAUGAAUUUCACGUGAAGGCAACGCAUUUUGAAGUUUUUUCGUAUGACAGUUUUCUGAAAAGGACUCGAGGCUCUACAAAAGACUCGGGUCUCUAACAAGUUGAAAAGAACUCGAGUUUCGACUUAAUUAUAUGAGUCUCAAGAACCGAGUCGAGUCUUAAAGCAGAGGAGUCAAAGGACUCAAGUCUUAACCAACACUACCGAUCUCUAUCGCACGCUGCUCAAUCAAUGACACUGUGCGAUCGGGACAGCAGUAUAAUUAUGCGCGUGCGAUAGAGAUAGGAAGAGGCGAGUCAAUGUACGAAAUUAUUUGUGCUUAGCGUCGUUACUUUAGUGAGUCGAUCGAUUUAAAUAAAAUAAUAAUGGUUUUAAGUUAAAUAUAAUCUCAUAGAACUAACUAGAGACAAGUCAUUUUGAAAGCCAUACUAUUAUGAACUAAUAUUUUUUGUUCGAGUUUGAACUCUAUUCUUUUAUAUGUUUAGUGCAUUUUUGUUUACUUGUUUUAUUUUCUUUUAACAAUUGUGGUAUGAAGACUGUUAUACAUUUUGACUUUUGACUGACAUUAA